AAGUGAUGGAUAAAGGGGGAGCCGUUGAUGUUAUUUAUUACCAGUUAUUUAUAUAGCACACACAUAUUCCACAGUGCUGUACAGAGAAUAUUUGCCCAUUCACAUCGGUCCCUGCCCCAGUGGAGCUUACAAUCUAGAUUCCCUAUCACAUGUACACACAGACACAUUCACACUAGGGUUCAUUUUUGUUGGGAGCCAAUUAACCUGCCAGUAUAUUUUUGGAUUGUGGGAGGAAACCGGAGUACCUGGAGGAAACGGGGAGAAUAUACAAACUCCACACAGGGCACCGGCAGGCGAUUUCCCCGCUCUCCCCGGGGUCUGUACGGCCGAGGAGACAUACUUCCGGAUUUGCGGCCUAUACCUCCUCCGGAUCCCCGGCCUCAAUUUUGGAGAUUCCCGGCCCCACUGCUCUGGACUGCUGCUUCCAGUCAUAGAGGGAACACUCUCACUUAAAGGCUGACUGAUAUGUAACUGGAGGGGGAGUAUAUAGAGGAACACAGGGGUCUGUACAAGGACGUGAUGAUGGAGAAUCACCGGCCCCUCACAUCACUGGAUGACCCCAGUAACAGAGAUACCCCAGAGAGAUGUCCCCGUCCUCUAUAUUCCCAGGAUUGUACAGAGGAGAAUCACAGGACCCCACAGGAGGAUCAGGACAAGGACCUUUUUGAUAUGAAGACAGAAGAUAUAGAGGGAGAAAAAGAGAUGUAUGUGAGGGGUGAUCAGCAGUGUAAGGAGGAGGAAAUCCCUACAGAUAUCAGCACAGCAGAUGGACGCACAAUGAAGAACACCUUGGAGGGACAAUUCAUUUUGUCUUCAGAUUUUCAAAUUAAAAAUGAAAUCAUCCCAAAAGAUUCUCCAAAAGAAAACCCCAUUAUCAAGAAUAUAAAUUCAAUAUCUCGCAGUGCAGAUAUAUCGCCUGGGCCUUCUAAUCCCGAGGAACAUUCCCCUGAUAUUUUAAAUAUUGCUUCAAAUAGUACAGCUCUUGGAGGCGAUAUAUUAUUUUCCUGUUCUACGUGUGGUAAAGGUUUUAAACAUAAAUCUGUCUUUGUUACACAUUUGAGAAGUCACACAGGAGAGAAACCAUUUCCAUGUUCUGAGUGUGGGAAAUGUUUUAAACUCAAAUCAGAACUUGUUGCACAUCGUAAAAGCCACACAGGUGAGAAACAAUUUCGCUGCUCUGAGUGUGGGAAAUAUUUUCCAUCUAAAAGUGCGCUUAUUAUUCAUCUGAGAACUCACACAGGUGAGAAGCCAUUUCCAUGUUCUGAGUGUGGGAAAUGUUAUAAACGUAAAUCCGAUCUUGUUACACAUCACAAAAGCCACACAGGUGAGAAGCCAUUUCGCUGCUCUGAUUGUGGGAAAUGUUUUGUACACAAAUCAGCUCUUGUUUUACAUCACAAAAGCCACACAGGUGACAUACAAUUUCCCUGUUCUGAGUGUGGGAAAGGUUUUCCAUUUAAAAGUAUGCUUAUUAUUCAUCUGAGAACUCACACAGGUGAGAAGCCAUUUCACUGUUCUGAGUGUGGGAAAGGUUUUUCACGCAAAUCAACUCUUAAAAGUCAUCACAGGAGUCACACAGUUGAGAAACCAUUUCCCUGUUCUGAGUGUGGGAAAUGUUUUCCAUUUAAAAGUGAGCUUAUUAUUCAUCUGAGAACUCACACAGGUGUGAAGCUAUUUCCAUGUUCUGAGUGUGGAAAAUGUUUUACUGAGAAGUCAAACCUUGGUAAACAUCACAGAAGUCACACACGUGGAAAGCCAUUUCCCUGUAAUGAGUGUGGGAAAUUUUUUCCAUUCGAAAGUGAUCUUAUUAGACAUCUGAGAACUCACACAGGUGAGAAGCCAUUUUGCUGUUCUGAGUGUGGGAAAUGUUUUACACACCAAUCAGCUCUUAUUACACAUCACAGAAGUCACACAGGUAAGCAAUUUCCCUGUUCUGAGUGUGGGAAAUAUUUUACUUCUAAAUCAAUUCUUGUUAGACAUCAGAUAAGUCACAUAGGUGAGAAGCAAUUUCCCUGUUCUGAGUGUGGGAAAUGUUUUCCAUUUAAAAAUUAUCUUCUUAAUCAUCUGAGAAGUCACACAGGUGAGAAACCAUUUCCAUGUCCUGAGUGUGGGAUAUGUUUUACUUAUAAAUCAAAUCUUAUUGCACAUCAGAGAAGACACACAGGUCAAAGACCAUUUCCAUGUUCUGAGUGUGGGAAAUGUUUUACUAAGAAAUCCUAUCUUGAUGCACAUCAGAGAAUUCACACAGGUGAGAAACCAUUUCCAUGUUCUGAGUGUGGGAAAUGUUUUACACGGAAAACAUCUAUUGCUAAUCAUCAGAGAACUCACUCAAAAAAAAAAAAUUUAAUAAAUUGAUAGACAUGAAAUGGGGUUGAAGUAUUAUUCUAAAUAUUGUAACAACCUUUGAUCUUAUUAAUUUAUGCAACUGGUCAAAAGUUUUAGAACACUCAGAUUGCUCCAGUUUUUACUGUAAUGUAUGCAGCCUCUAUUCUGAAAUGAAAGCAUGAAACAAAUAAUUGGAGAAAAAGUGAAACCAUUUCAGUUUAACAGUUGAAUGACUUUUGAAUUCUCAAAGUUCCUGCGUCUUGCAGACAUAACACACGUAUCCUCUUCCUACAAUGGGAAUCACAUUUUUCCCAGCACUACUACGGAAGCUACCACAGAUGUGCUACAUGUCUAGGUUGCUUUGCUGUCACGCUUCUGUCCAGGUCAUCCCAAAGCAGCUGGAUGGAGUGUAUGGCUGGAGACUGUGCGGCCCUCCAUGAUUUGUGGCUUAUUGCACAUAUUUCAUCUCCUGUACCACUAAGUGAUAUCAUACUCAGGUAUUUCUGCUUUCUUCAGAGGUCAUCUCAUCUGGAACUGUCUGGUUCUCCCUGCAAUGUGCGCAGUAUGAGUUCUUUGGUGUAUUUUUAUAGGGUAGUAUAGUAAAAGCUGUUUUCAUGUUUUCACUUCUCUAUUGUUAUGUAAGAGUGCCCCCAAAAGUUUUUUUUGUCCUUCGCUUCUCCACGAACCUCUAUUUCAGUUAUUCUUUACUAAACUUUGGGAGCAUCACCAACCCAGAGCCUAGAAAUAUUAGAUCUCAUGGACGAGCCCCCUAUGUUGGUAUAAUAACCAUUACUUCUGUGUUCCUCUUCCACUUGUGCGGUCUCGCUAUCACUUGCAUAAAUGAAGCUAGAAUGAGUAGUAUUUGGUGAUAAAAAGUUUGCAUUAAUAAAGAUGUUGAGGCUAUAACAGCAGGUGGCGCCAUAGUCUGGGCUUUCCCCAGCGUGCAUUUACAUCUUAGCGCACAAUAGGUUUCAUACAGUCAUAGGCAAUUCCCAAAGCCUGAACAAGGGCAUAGAGCUAUGUCUUCAUUAGUCGAUCGGUGGAAUGCCAAAUAAUGCCCAAAAAUGGCUGAUAGUGUGUCGCUGUCAGUUGUUCUUUGUGUUCAUGUGAUGUUGGAAUAUAUGUAACACCUUAAAUUUAGUGAGUACUUAAAGGGGCCCAUUUUUCAAUGAGUGAUAAAACUCCUUGCAGAUGAUAACUGGUGCUCCAGCCAAUCAGCUCGUAACUGUCAUUUUUCAAACACAUGACAGGAGCUGAUUGGCUGAAGCACAAUUUCUCAUACAACGAGUUUUAUUACUCGUUGAUAAAUGUACCUCUUAGUGUCCAGUAUUUGCAGAUUUUCCAAUGCAGGUUACAGUAUAUAGUUAACUGUUUUAUAGUGACUCCUAUUGUGUACUGUAGACUAAUUAAAUGUGUUUUAUGUUCCAGC